AUGAGCAGUUCUGUUGUUCGUCGACAAAAAUUUCGAAAAUCACCACCUCAACCAAUUGAUCGACAUUUGACUGAAAUCGAUAAUGCGGGUGGUUCGAUUUAUAUCAAUGCUGGUAUUGAUUCUACCUGUUGUAAAAAACGUGGAAGAACAAUACAUAAACUUACCAAUGGUAUCGUGAUAUCAACUCCUCAAACUCAUAUCGUAACAAAAAGAAUCGUGAGUGGAUCUGGUGAUGAUUUAUUGUCAGAACUAAGUAACGAUAGUUCAAUUGAUGAUCGACUUGAUUCGAUCAAUACUCAAUGUUGUUCCCAUUGUGGAAAAUAG